AUGGGGUCUUUACGUCUACACAUCGAUGGCAAGUCAUUUCGGGACCCACAAGGCCGAGAGGUCAUUAUGCGAGGCAUCAACGUAGCCGGCGAUGCUAAAUAUCCUAAGAAUCCCGACAUUCCUUCGUUCGAAUCGGAUAAAUUCUUCGAGGGGGAUGACGUAUCUUUUGUUGGAAGGCCAUUUUCUCUCGAAGACUCCCAUAUUCAUUUCAAAAAGCUGCGCAAAUGGGGAUACAACACGAUUCGGUACAUUUUCACUUGGGAAGCCAUCGAACAUGCAGGCCCAAAUAUCUAUGAUGAGGAGUGGAUCCAAUUCACCAUUGAAAUUCUCAGAAUAGCCAAGCAGUAUGAGUUUUACGUAUUCAUGGAUCCUCAUCAAGAUGUGUGGUCGAGAUUCUCUGGAGGAUCCGGUGCGCCUAUGUGGACUCUCUAUGCUGCCGGAUUCGACCCGAAGAACUUCAAAAGUACACAAGCAGCUCUUGUCCAAAACACUUUCGACAAUCCUGCCGAGUUCCCAAAGAUGAUAUGGAGCACGAAUUAUACCCGAUUAGUCUGUCAAACCAUGUUUACCCUGUUCUGGGCUGGGCGGGAUUAUGCCCCAAAAGCCAUAAUAGAUGGUGUAAACAUCCAAGAUUAUCUGCAACGCCAUUUCAUUGCUGCAUGUAAAUAUUUGGCCGAGAAAAUUCACGAGGCUGGUGAUCUCGAACAUGAUCUUGUCAUCGGAUGGGAGAGUAUGAAUGAGCCUCAUCGAGGCUUGAUCGGAUUUCAAGAUAUUUCGGUCAUUCCGCCUGAGCAGCAACUACAGCUUGGUACAUCACCGACAGCAUUCCAGGCAAUUCUUACUGGAUCCGGGCGAGCCUGUGAGCAGACCACAUGGGCCUUUGGUAGCUUCGGGCCAUAUAAAACAGGCCGAGAACUUAUCGACCCAGAAGGUAUCAAGGCCUGGCUAUCUACGGAUCAUAUUGAUAGCGCGUACGGAUGGGAAAGGGAUCCGGGAUGGAAACUUGAUGAUUGCCUCUGGGCACAACAUGGAGUUUGGGAUCCAUCUACUGACACAUUACUGCAAAAAGACUACUUCUCAAAGGUGCCAAGAACUGGGGAAAAGAUGGAUUAUGAAAAAUUCACCAAUACAUAUUUCCUGCAACACUAUCGGGCAUACAGAGAUGCGAUACGUGAGGUAUGGCCGGAAUCAAUUAUGCUAUGUCAACCUCCAGUAAUGGAAGUCCCGCCGGAUCUCAAGGGGUCAAUUGAUGAUGAUCCGAAUAUGGUUCAUGCCGUUCACUUCUAUGAUGGCCUUACCCUGAUUACCAAACAUUGGAACCGACUUUAUAAUGUUGAUGUUAUCGGUGUCCUUCGUGGUAAAUAUUGGGCCCCGGCCUUUGCAGUCAAGGUAGGCGAAACUGCAAUUCGCAACUGUCUUCGUGAUCAACUGAAAUUUCUCCGUGACGAAAGCUUGAAGUAUAUGGGCGACCAUCCAAUGGUGUUCACGGAAAUUGGAAUCCCAUAUGACAUGGACGACAAGCACGCGUACAAGACAGGAGACUACAGCAGCCAAACGAGCGCAAUGGAUGCCAAUCACUUUGCCUUGGAGGGAAGCACAUCGAACGGAUUCACGCUGUGGGUUUACGAGACAGAAAACAACCAUGAGUGGGGCGAUCAAUGGAAUGGGGAGGAUCUGUCUAUAUUCUCGCACGAUGACUUGGAACUCCCAGCAGGAGCUGCUUCCCGGUCUCUCGACCCUCAAUCACCCGCUUACUCGGAAAGCUACAGUAAUGGCGGCGAGCCCGAGGUUAGCCCACGCAAUCUCAAGGGUGCUCUAUCAGCUCCAUCUAUUUCUAGCGAAGAGCCCACGCAGCCGAAAGGAUACCGCGCCGCAGAGGCUUAUCUUCGUCCCAGCCCAAUCUAUGUGAACGGAACCGUGAAGGAGCACGUUUUCGAUCUCAAAGGCUGCACUUUUACGAUGUCCUUAAUGGCUACCCAAGCGACAGCAACUGAUUAUCCCACGGAGAUCUAUCUUCCUGACUUUCAUUUCCCGGAUGGACAAACAGUCAUCGCUGUGAGCGGAGGAAAGUGGGAGAUUGACUUUCAGAAGAUCCAGGGUAUCAAGCUCCAACGGCUUCGGUGGUGGCAUGCGGAAGGGAAACAGGAUAUCCAAAUUGAAGGGCUGAAGCGUCAGCCUGGGGAAUUUUCAAACCCUUCUGGUGAAGAUGUGACUUAUUUGGAACAAUGUCAGCGUGGUGAUUGUCUUAUUAUGUGA